AAUAAAUGUAUUUAUCAAAAGUAAAGUAAACAUAGUAUUUUAAUUGUUUUCUAUUACAUAUAUUCUCUUUUUGCAAUUUUUAAUUGUCGACGACAAAUAGUUUAAUUGGAAACACACCUUAAUUCUAACCGGUCAUCAUAAUAACGAGAUGAAUAAUUAUCAGAUGGUGUAUCAAUAAUUUGUAAACAUCAACAAAUUAAUUUAAGCAUGUACUGGACUUGGUGAAUAUUAAAAUCGUUGUGUUAUCAUAAAACAAAUAAAAUAAAAUGUCAAAAAUAAAUAUGAUUGAAAAUCCAGAAGUCCCAGGUUUUGAAGUAAGUUUACCACCAAUGCCACCACCUCCACCACCACCAAUAAUAUCAAGAAAACAUCCAAAUGAUUUGAUUAAACAAACAACUUUAGCAGUUCCAAGCUUGCCCAUUGCACCAGGAAUAACACUCGUUGACAGUCAACCAAUAUUACCAAAUGAACAAGUUGGUUUUGAUAAUAUUUUAGAACCACAAAGUCAAGUAACACCAUGGUGGAUACCAGAAGAAAAUGAAGAAAUAAACAAUUAUCAAUGGCUUGAUAAUAAUCAAGUUAACAAUGUCUUGAACAACAUAAACAAUGACAUUAAAACAAAUCAAAAAAAUGUAAAAAGAAAAAUUGAAAAUGUUGAUGCUGCUGAAGAUGCACAAUUAGUUGCAUGUGCCCAAAAAGAACUUGCUGCUCUUAUGGAACCACUCAAGUGUAAUCUUUGCAAUGCAAUUAUGAACUCAACACCUCAGGCUAAAUUACAUUAUGAUGGUAAACCACAUCAAAAAAAAGUAUCAAUGUAUCUAAAUCAAAGUGUUAAAAAAAUUAAAACUGAUGAUGUACAAGUGAAUAGUACUUCUGCAACUAAAGAUAACGACUCAUACUGUCAAACAUGUAAAGCAUGGUUUACAUCACAAAUUGAUGCAGCCCAACAUUAUGCUGGAAAAAAACAUGCAAAAGCAAUUGCUGCAGCAUCAAAACAAGAAAGUCCAAAGAAAAUUCAAAGUCAAGUACCAGUUGACCAAACUUGUCUAUUGGGUAUAGGUUUAAAUUUUGUACCUAAAGAAACACAAAAUUUACUUGUUAAAAUUUACUUGUUUAAUCAGAAACCUGGAGCAACAACUUAUGGUGGUGCAUUACGUUGUGAACUUUGUGGUAUAUCAACAAAUCGAUUGGAUCAAUUAGAAACUCAUAGACGAGGAACAAAACACAUUAAAAUGGUCAAACAAAAAGGACUAUUAAAUAAUAAUGGUAAAGUUGAAGAAAACCAGAUAAAAACACCAGCUGUUAAUUAUGCAAUUAAUAGAACACCUUCAGGUUCAUAUUAUUGUGCAACAUGCAAUAAAUCUUUUAACUGUGAAAAUAGCUUCAUUCAGCAUGUAGACAGUAAAAAACAUAAAAAUCAAUUGGCUAUUAAAUCAUUCACAAAUCAAUCAACACAAGCUGUUGUAAAAAACAAAAAUAUAAAACCAAAAUAAAGCAUUAUAAAGUGACUUAAAUUUUAUAAAAAAUUUAUGAUAAAUAAAUUGUU